UCCCGCCCACGUACAUGACGCCGCCUGAGAAACAUGGCGGCUUCCAUCGAUGACAAGCAGAAAAUAUCAGCGGCUCUCGCUGAUAUUUUGAAUGAGAAACUCUGCUCUGGACACUUGCAGGCGUUGAAAACGUUUACAAGUGCGCUGAAGGAUGCAGGAUACAGAGAUGCGGUGGGGGAGGAAGUUUUCUCCGAUCUCCUCAAGGUCCUCGCCAGGCUGUACGACGGCCUGCAGGGUGCAGGCAGAGACGGCGAUGACCCGCAGUCUCUUACCCUGCAUCUCCAGCUGACUGCUGAGUGCUUCCGAUCCCAAAGGAACUCCUGUGUUCAGAGUCCACGCAACCAAAAGCUGCUCAGGGAACUUGGAUUCAUCGACGCAUCCUUUAAACUCUUAAGUUAUCUUCAGACCACAGAGCUGGAGAGCAAAGACGCCGCAUAUGAACCGCUUCGCUGUGGGAUCCAGUUUCUUGGCAACCUCGCCGUAGGAAACCAGACGAGCAAGGACGAAGUUUGGGAGCGCAGCUUCCCUGAAGUCCUCCUGCAGCUGCUGUGCACUGAUGACGAGAAGGUGGUGAACUACACCUCCAUGGUUCUCCACACGUGUCUGGACGAGGCCAAAGUGGAAGAUCUGUCAAAGCCGCACAACAUCAAGCUGGCACUCAAAGUGAUGGAGCUAUGCAGGACCCAGCCUGACCUGGACUGGACUGUGAUCAUCGCAACCCAGCAUUUCCUCAAGUCUUCAGCUCUGGUGGAAAGCAUGUAUUCUGGGAUGUCCAAUCACGACAGAGUUACUCUCUUAGAGCUGCUCUUGGCCCAGUUGAGGGAAGAGGGCUCAGAGGGCUGUGGCGUUCCCCCCAGCGUGGCCCAUUUCCUGGCCAGUUCCUUCCAGAAAGGCUGCGGUGCCGUGCUCACGCUCGCUACGGGUUCUGCCUCCAGCAACGAGGUCCUGCAGGAGGCGCUGACGGUGAUAAGUCUGCUGGACGUGCUUUGCGAGAUGACCUCAGACCACAAGCAGUUCAUGUUCCUGCAGGACCAUCCCGAUCUUCUGGAGACUACAGUUGAGCUUCUGGGACAAGUGCACGCUAUCGGGAAGGCCAGCAGGAAUAUUUUCAGCGCCACUCAGAACUUCUCCUCCUUUACCGGAGAGGACGACCCGGCCUCGCAUUCUCCAGUCGUCAGCUUUAAGGCGCACCUCAUCAGGCUCAUAGGAAACCUCUGCCACAGCAACGCAAGCAACCAGAACAAGGUGAGAGAGCUGGAUGGCAUCCCGCUCAUCUUGGACAACUGCAACAUCGACGGCAACAACCCCUUUAUCAGCCAGUGGGCCAUCUUCGCCAUCAGGAACCUCCUAGAAAACAACUCUCAGAACCAGGAGCUGGUGGCCUCCCUGGAGAGACGCGGUCCGGUGGACUAUUCUGCGCUGAAGGAGCUGGGAUUCCUCGUUGAGGAGCGCGAUGGAAGCUUGCUGCUCAAAUCUGUGAGGAAGGACUCCUAAAGACACUAAAGAACGAAGGUUUUCACACCGAGCAGCUAAAGAAGGAGUGACACAGCUUAAGUGUGCACGCUGUAUUUACCCAGUAAUUAUGCUUUUACUUACAAUAUGUCAAUCAGAAAAGUCUUUAUAACAAACUUUUCUACCUCAGCAAAGUUCUAAGGCGUCUGCAUGUCACAGAAGCAGAGGGCCGGCGUGAGCCGAGCCUGGGAAACGAGGAGUCGCUAAGUGGCAAACACACGCUGGCACCUUUUUGGAGACGCUGAUGUCUUGUGGUUUAAUCCAAAAACAAGAGCGCCACGGGGUCGAGGCUUUUCUGCUUUUCAAACACGGUCAAGUUACCAGCAGGAGCUGGGGUUUUAAUCUCAGGCCCGUCGUGGCUUUUUGCCGUAACCAUGAAAGCAAAUGUCUAAAACAUGAUGUAAUCUACCCCCUCGUGGCCUCGCCUAAUUAAAAUAUCAUGGCCUCGGGUCGCAGCUCUGCUUAUUAAACCGCUUAAAACAGCUGCAUGUCCGACCAGACGUAGUAUUGGUAUUAUAAUAAAGCAUCAAACCCAAGAAUAAAACUUCAAGCUGUGACUAUUGAAAAUGUAACAAAAUGUUGUUUUUAUUCAUAAAAUACAAGCAUAGCAACCUACAGCACCUUUCCAGGCGCCCCCCCGGUAACAAUGUGUAAAAAGCUUAGAAACGACUUAAUCUCUUCCUUCAGCACCAUAAUCUGACGCUGAAAUUUUUAUUUUAGAGGAAUCCUCCCCUACCGUCUUUAAGUCCUUUUUUUUUUUUUUUUUUUCAGUGGGGAAAAUUAUCCUGCAGUGACUCAAAAGAUCAGAUCAGGCUUCAGGAAAGCAGCCAGUUACUCUGAGUGAUUAAAACGUUUAGAAUAAGGGCUGCACAGUAUUAGGAAAACAUCAAAUUGUGAAAUUAUUGGUGAAUAUCUCUGGGUUCCUACGCAGUCUGGAAUUUGAUUUCACUGUUUUCCAGCUCUGGAAGAAUAUUGAAGGGUGGGAAAAAAAAUUAGAAAAUUUUUUUUUUUUUUUUUAGAAAAUGUUGUUUUUUUCCCCCACACAUUAUUCAAUCUAACCAUUGUCUAAAGGUUUUACCUUUCCUUCUUUGUUUCCUUGAUUCCUUGUUGACCUUCCUUUUAUACUCAGUUGUUUCCUUCCUUCUUUCCACCCAUCCCUAUAAUGCUUCCCUAUGCCCUUUAUUUCUCUCCUCCUUGUAUGCAUCCUUUUUACCUUCCUUGUAUCCUUCAUUUCUUCUGUGUAUCCUUCUUUCCUUUAGUCCUUGUAUCUUUUCCUUUCUUAUCUUUCUUUCCUGUAUCCUUCUUGUGUCAUAUGUUCCUUUCCUAUUGUCCAUGGCUCCAUCCAGAUACCCUUAAUAAUAGGUUCUAGCUCCUGUUCCUGGACCUUUUCACAGGGUCAACAGUAAGAACUCUAUCGUGUUCUUCCUACCUUUCCUGUGUCCUCCUUGUAUUUUUUCUUUCUUCCUUGUGCCCUGCCUUCCUUUCUUCUCAAGCAUUUUCUUUCGUGUCCUCUUUCUAGCCUUUUGUCCUCGUAUCCUACAAACCUACCUACCUCCAUUCCAUAUUUCAUACUUUCCCUCCUUACAUAUGUCCUUUUUGUCUCUCUUCUAGGUUCUUUUUUUAUUGUUUAUUCUUUUUUUUUUUUUUUUUUGAAACUCACACACUCAAAACCUACAACUGUAGAAAUAUUUGCCAUACAUUUUUGUAGUCUACUUUUAGUAUUUUAGAUUUCAAGGUGAUAACAAAGGACUGGGAACUCUGGGAAAUUGAGUCUGAAAAAGUGUGAAAUCUGUAAAAUGUGGAGGGAAAGCUCGUCCAGCUGAAAGCAAAUAUUAAUGGCGACCAGAGUUAUAGCCUUCCAGAUACUGCACUUAAGAAGUCCUGUGCAACUAAAAUUGUGAUUUGAUGUUUUGAUGUGAAACUGUGACAGUGAAGGAUUGUGGGUUGUGAUGUUUUCUUGCUAAAUAAGAGCAACCCUGUUAUGGUGCAUUAGUCUGUUGCACUCUUUGGAACACCAUGUACUGAAAAAGUGGUCAUUAUUGGAUCAGUCAGUGGGAUAGUGAUCUUAAUCCUAUGGCCAAAGUAACUAGACCCUACCUACUGCUAUCACCAGACCUGAACCCAGCAACAUACCUGUGGGUUAAAGAGACUGAACUAUCUAGAACGAUUAUCCCCAGAGGGCUUCUUGACAUUCAGUGUUUGUUUUUUCUCCAACAAAUUAAUGCCCCUUUUUUUUACUUCUUCAGUGCGAGAUUGCGCAACUGCAAUACAAGAUACAUUUUGUAAAGCUGUUUUUUUUUAUGCAUCUUCAAUGACUAUUCCAACAAUAGCAAAGGCCUUUUGGACUUACUGAUUUAUUUAGAUUUUUUAGCUACUGUGGUGUAUUCUGUCCCUAUGCAUGCUUUAAAAAUCUAAAACCAAGGUUCUGUGCCCAACAUGAGUUUAUUACUGUCUUUUUACUUGCUUUGGCACUGAAGGAUUUGAUAUUCAAUACCGGGGAUUUCCACCACACCCACUAUAUGGCAUGCACUAUGCAGCAUAAAUCAUUAAUCAUCUCAUUAAAAUCUCAUUUAAAUAGCCUGCCUUUCCUCAGAGGAUCUCAUAUUCGACUCCAUUGCUGUUUUAUUGGCGGUUAAUAUGCUCGCUUUCUAUCUAGCCAUCGCAUGCGCUGGAAAUGCUUAUCCAUAGGGUCGUUUAUCCGUGAAAGGCUGAGGGAAUUCAGACGAGAAGUGUGAAGUUUGCAGAAUGACGCUCCUUCCUGCGCUCCUCCUGCCGCUCACUAAGCUGAACAGUUCUGACAACUCAACAAUGCGGCGCUAUUCGGGCCGGCCCACGCCCUGCUCCACCCUGUUUGCUCUGCCUCCGAUUCCUAACGACAAAACGGGGCUGGAACAAUCGGACGGCCUUCCCCGCCGAUCCGGCAGCAUAGUACAGGGAGCUUACGGGGUUCCGCUCACCGGGAUUUCAGACGGCUAACACAACAGCCGUUUACUUGCGCUCGACUGGCCGGCCGCAAUGCUUUUCAGCCCCACAGGAAAAGAAGGGGGGCCGUGCAAAUCAGCUGGGCUGAAAGAGAAGAGGUGUCAGGACUGGAACCCGGCCGCUCGUCUGCCGAAUCGGACAAUGCAAGAAUCUUUAUUGUUUCUCUUAUCGCCGUUUUAAAUCGCAGGCCUCUACCGCGCUGUUCAGAGGCCUUCUGCAAAGAUCUCUGUUCGUCAUACCAUGGGCUUCAUGUUGGAGUUGGGGAAUAACAUUCAAUAAAAGUGUAUGAAAGAA